AUGGAUGAAUACACCGCCGACGCCUUUGCGAACCGGGACGAGCCCAUUUCGCUCAUCGCCGUCGGUCAAAGCGAUUUGGAAGCCUCGUCGUCAGAAGCGGACAUAAAACGCCGAAGACAGAAAAUCAAAAGAUCACCAUCUUCGCCCCGUCUAAAGACCGAUGGUCAGGAUCUGGCUACCACACAGCUCAACGAAAAUGAAUCAAAUUCUGCGCAUAAAGUGUCCCUUCAAGAUCGACUCUUCUCAAAACUGUUACAACAGGUGUUUCCAACCGAAGACGUGUCCGAUGAGUUCGACAGUACUACUCCGGUAGACAGACUCUCAUCCAAAUACGUCUCUCGCCCUGGCUUCAGUCUGCCCCUGAUGACGAAUAACUUCCGCCGCUUCAAUGCGCGCAUUGGGAUUGUUUUCGUCUUCCAAAACCGACUCAUUCGACUGUUCACCUGGAGGACUCCCUCCCACACCCUUUCGUUCCUAGCAACCUAUACCUUCGUUUGUCUCGACCCAUAUCUCCUAGUCGUCGUCCCUCUCGCCGUGGCUUUACUCUUUGUUAUGGUUCCGGCGUUUACAUCCCGUCACCCUCCUCCUCCACGUCAAGCAGCAGCACCUAGGAUUCCUCCCGACUACUAUCAAGCCUAUACAGGUCCGGCCAUCGCCCCAGCGGCUACUAUCAAACCCGCCAGAGAGACAUCCAAGGACUUCUUCCGCAACAUGCGCGACCUACAGAAUAGUAUGGGAGACUUCAGCAACGUACACGACGCUCUUGUAUCCACCAUUGCACCUGCUACCAAUUUCAGCAACGAGACCUUCUCCUCUCAGCUCUUCUUGUACCUCACAAUCCUAACCACGUUGUCCUUUAUAACCGCACAUCUCCUACCCUGGCGUCUCAUCUUUCUCCUGGGUGGAUGGACUGCCGUGAUUUUCGGCCAUCCAGCGGCACAAGUUUGGUUGAUGCAAGUGCGAAAGCAGGCUGAGAAGCAAGCUUCUCUAACCCUGAAUGACCCUACACUCAAGCACCGGCAAUACAUUCAUGGGAUCCCUCUCCCCGUAACUCCGGCCGCAAUCCAGUCGACAUUCGCAUCAUUUUCCGAAAUCGCACUUUCUACUACCCCGGAGACCCGCGAAGUUGAGAUCUUCGAGCUGCAGCACCGUCCGCUUACCUCCAUCACAUCUGGAGCGUCAGGCGCAGCCGCGGAAUGGCAACCUCAUCUGUUCACACCAACACCAUACGACCCACUAUCACCGGCCCGUAUCGCCGGCGACAGGCCCCGAGGCACACGGUUUUUCGAAGACGUCGUUCCGCCGGAAGGCUGGGAAUGGGCGAACAAGAAAUGGGAACUCGACCUCGAGGCCGGCGAGUGGGUGAACGAGCGUCUUGUGGUAGGUGUCGAGUACGAUGUGCUACACCAGGACCUCGAUGACGCCGACGAGCGAGGCAAUAGCUCCGGCCUGCGGCGUACCUCGACCAGUCGUCUCGAAAGUGUCAAUGUUGGCUUUGGUGGCUGGGUCUGGGACCUACCUCCGGCUCCAGGCAGUGGUGCAAACCGUGACGACGACCUUUGGCUGGCGUAUGGCGACUACGACGUGCCAGGUAUCGGGACGCGGGAUGACGAGAAGCGGAAGCAAAAAAAGGAAAAAGAUCGUAGUCGAAAACCCAAGGACUGGGAGGAGACGGCGAAAUUGGAGCAUAGAGGGCGAACGGGAGAGUGGAGACGUCGUAGGUGGGUGAGGUUGGUGAAGAGAAAGGUUGUCGAGGUUAGGUGA